CAACAUGUCUAUCAAAAUCAACAGCAGUAUUUACAAAUUUCGCUGUUGUUGUGAGUGUUUACUAUGCUAUUAAAGGAAAUAGAUCAUACGCAAUGCUUGGAAUUGCUAUGGCUACUUAUUUAAGUCUUUAUCCCGUAACCGUGGUUGCACCGAUAAUACUACUUCUUCAUCAGAAAAUACCUGGAAAGAGCAUUGUUGUCCAUUGCAUAAUAUUAUUUAUCGGAUGGUUGAGCGGUCUUGUCGGUUUAUCUUAUUUAUUAGUCGGAUCGUGGGAUUUCUUGUCGGCUACAUACGGUUUCAUGCAAGUCAAAUCAAGAUUCGUAUACGUCAAUCUGUUGCUUCCUGACCUCAGUCCAAACAUUGGAUUAUUCUGGUACUUUUUUAUUGAAAUGUUUGAUCAGUUUCGUAAUUUCUUCCUGGUCGUAUUUCAGUUACACACGCUUAUAUUUGCCGCGCCACUAACGAUAAAGUUCAGAGAUCAUCCUUUGUUUGCAAUAUUCGUACUUAGUGGAAUAACGGCCGUGUUCAAAUCAUACCCGUCGAUUGGAGACGCGUCAUUAUAUAUUGCAUUCCUGCCAAUCUAUUCAGAAAUAGUCAACUAUAUGAGAUAUAGCUUUCUCAUCACGAACAUAUUCCUUUAUUCUUCUCUGCUAGCACCCAUAUUUUAUCAUUUGUGGAUCUAUGCUGGAAGUGGGAAUGCGAACUUUUUCUAUGCAAUCACGCUUGUAUAUAGCGUCGGGAACAUUAUUUUAUUGGUAGAUGCAAGCUACGCAAUGUUGAGAAGAGAGUUCGAUAUACAGCAUCCGGAAUUGAAAGGACGUGAAGUUACGCAAAAGUAG